AAGAAACGACGAAACAUCGCAAUGCUUUUGUAAAACCAAUUUAGGCGUUCAUGCUUGCUAUUGCUAACAUUUCCUUUACUUCACCGUUGUCGCUCCCGCCAUUUCACAGAAGCAUACAUCGAUAUGGCAACCUUUCUCAAUUCUCCGAACACACCCGCCGUCGCACAUACAUUUUAUCAUGACGAUAAUGUUUCUCGAAGCCACAAGGCAAACCUCUCUGGAGCGACCAUGUUGGAUCUGUUGAGUGGUCCUGAAGGUUCGAUUGCCGCAGCCUACGAGUCUUCUAGUUUGCACCAACGGACUCCAAAAUCGAGACGGCCUUCUCAAGCAUCAAUCACUAAAUCCCAAUUGCGCCAGACGAAUAGGACAUUGGUUGAAAUCAUUCACAGCGUCCAGGCUGAGUUGGCGACUCAGAGAGAAGCAAUGCUCGAUAUGCAGGCGCGAAUUGUUCAGCUCGAAAGCACGUCGCAAAUCAAGAUCCAAGACUUUGCGCCGCGCCACACAAUUGCUGGACACCGCAAGCGGUCUCAGAUCAGAAGCAAAGAAGGUGCUACCCGCGAAACACAAAGAAGCUGGGAUGCAUUCCAGAAGGAUGCUGAUAUGCUUGGUCCCCCCAUUAUCGCGAAUGAAUUCUGGAAGUCACCCAGUCGAUUCUCUGGUUUCAACUUCAACUUCGACCUGCUCGAGACAAUACCAAAAUCGUCACAUCCUCUUCCAGAUGUGGAUGAUGUUCCGGAUCUCACACCGGACGAGCAGCCACAAGCCUAUACGCCAGGACAGCGCCGGAUUCCUCCUAGGAUCACCCGCAUCAGGACAGCAGAUCCCACCACUAUGUAUCACGAUGCCGUGAGCGAUAUCAGAGAGCACGUCAUCGAGUUCGACAAGAUCAAGGUACCUAUGCCACCGAAACUCCAAACCCCGCCACGAAGUGCGCGCAGCAGGUUGGCAUCGAUGCACAGCCCGGACGAUGAGAUCACGGCAUUGCCGCAGAUUCCACUGGUACCAGCAGCACCCACGCACAGCUCACAUCGCAGUAUUAUGAGUAUCAAGAGUCUGCUCCUGUACAGAACCUCUUCGAAAAGUCAUAAAGCCGAUUACGCUCAAUCUGAUCAUCGCCGUUCAGGCUCGUCUAUGCGCUGCUGAGCAGGCUGUCGACACCAUACGCGGUGCUCAUCGUCGCCCGACCCGAGCGGAUCAUCUCAGAACAUAGACCAGAACAAUCCACGUGGAAUAUCAUUUUGACGUUUCUUUCUCCUCAUGACCGUUGAUUGACAUGCAACUGUUGCCUGCUUAGAGAGACUUACCUCGGAGU